UGCUCAGGUGAGCCUGGGCGGCCGCGGAGAGCGGGAGCUCUUAGACUUCUGCGCUCAGUGUCCGGCUGGUCCCUACAGGUGCGGGGUCCGAGCCCUGCCCGUGCGGUGCCUGCUCCCCUUAGCUCCCACCGCAGCUGCCGCCCUCCGGGGGCCCUGACCAGGAGCCAAAAUGAGUUGCUUUACCUUCCUGAAGGUCACCAUGGUUAUCUUUAACCUCCUCAUCUUUCUCUGCGGCGUCUCCCUGCUGGGAGUGGGAAUAUGGGUCUCUCUGGACGGCGCCUCCUUCCUGAAGAUCUUCGGGCCCGUGUCGGCCAGCGCCAUGCAGUUUGUGAAUGUGGGCUACUUCCUGAUCGCCGCGGGCUGCGCCCUGCUGGUGCUGGGCUUCCUGGGGUGCUACGGGGCCCAGAAGGAGAGCAAAUGUGUGCUGAUAAUGUUUUUCUCCAUCCUGCUCAUAAUAUUCAUCGCUGAGAUCGCCGCCGCAGUGGUCGCCCUGGUCUACACCUCCCUGGCCGAGAACCUGCUCAACACCUUGGUGGUGCCGGUGAUCCAGAAGGACUACGGCCAGCAGUCGGACAUCACCCAAGUGUGGAACAGCACCAUGGAAGGGCUCCAUUGCUGUGGUUUCAACAACUAUACCGACUUUGAGCUGUCCCCGUUCUACACGAAGUACCACCACUUCCCCUCCUUCUGCUGCAAGAACCAGACGGCCGUCUGCUCUGCAAAAGAUGCCCAGGAGGCCGGUGUCCAGGGCUGUUUCCGGCAGCUCCUGAAGGACAUUCGCACCAACGCGGCUGUGGUGGGCGGUGUGGCCGCUGGCUUCGGGGCCCUCGAGCUGGCCGCCAUGGUCGUGUCCAUGUACCUCUACUGUCAACUGGACAAAGCCUGAUGCUGAGCACCGGGGCGGGGGCGGGGGGGAUGGGCCCGGGGGCGGAGCUCCUACGUGGCCCACCAGGGAUUGAGGGACGGACCCCACGGAACCCAGCUUUAAAUUGGUGGCUGAGCCAGGCGGGGGAGGGGUAUCCGGGCCGUCCCCCCACCCCCAGAUGCUGCAAUUUCCCGAGGUCUUCCAUCUGGGGAAAGGGCCCGGGGCCAACAUGAAGGCUCUUGGGAGUCAGAGCAGCCCUGACCCUCUGGGAGGGAGACGUGGCCCCCCCCCCCCGUGGGACCCCCCCCCCCGUGGGACCCCUUGGCAGGGGAAGGGAGGGGAGUUGCAGACCUGGGGGUGGGGGCGGGGGCACCGUGGGGAGGGCCAGGCCCAGAAGCUUGCGACGUUUGAUUGUACAAAAAUAAUUAAAGAGUUUUUUCCAUUUGCCA